AAGGCUACCACAAAUAUGGCAUUGGUUAAGGUGACAUCCAUUUCAAAAACAGAUAGGGCAACAAUGGCUACAACCAUGCAACUGGGCGCUCUAUGGUGGAUGCUGCUAGUGUUAGUGCAACCCUCAGCGGGAAGCAAGCGAUGUUUUGAAUGUGCUGACGUGCCCCACCCAGCAGACUGUAAACUGGUGACAAUAUGUGCUGACUAUGAGAAAUGUGUAACAAGGGAGUAUAUAUCCUCCGGAGGUUUAGUUCUCUACAGCAGUGGCUGCGAGUCCAAAACACGCUGCGCCUCCUUUGGCAAGCGUGACGUCAGUCUACCUGAAAAACGUCAGACGACAGAUAUCGUCGUAUGUGAAGAAUGUUGUGAUGGUGAAUUCUGCAACAUGCAGGGGUGCGGAAUCGCCGCCGCUCCACAGCCCCGUGGUCCGUUCUGUUUCAACUGUCCCACGCUUGAUGACCCUGCGGAUUGUAGGACGGUAACAGAGUGCGAAAGGGGUCAGGUGUGUGCAAUUCAACAGAUUCUCCAUUCAACCCAGUACCUGUCGAAAUGUAUGAGAGAUCUGACAUGUAACGCAACAAGCCACGCCUAUGUUCAGAGCGGCCAUUGCUUCCGGUGUUGUACUGCAGACUUCUGCAAUGAUUCCUGCACUCAACCAUCAGGAUGACGUCACUCCCAUCAAUGACGUCAUUUCCGUUUGCACAUUUUGCGUUGUGCUAUAAUUAAAUUAUGAAAAAAAAUGAGAAAAGGUU